CCCCAUUAUGAAUUGAUCUAUCUCGAGCUGACAUAUAUCUUCCAGGAUGGCCACCGGCGGCACUGUCCCAACGUUUAUUCGAGAUGGCAGCGCUCCGCGUGUGUUCCUCGGUCCCCUCCCUCUAUUCCAACAACAACAAGGCUUUCAGCUUCCCGCGAUUGGCCAAUUUGCGCAAGCUGUCGCUCCUCAACUCCAAGGUCAAGCCGGCGCUCCUCAAUUGCAAGGUCAACCCGUCGCACUUCCUGCUCAAGCUCAUGCCUCUGCUGCCGGUGCCGGUGUCGCAACUGGUCCAGCCCGCGCUGCCCGCCGACAGGCCGAUAAGAUUCCGCGCCCACCCAACGCCUGGAUCCUGUUUCGCAAGCACUUCCAUCCUUCCAUCGUUGAGGCCCAUCCUGAGUUUAGCAACAACGAAAUCUCGACCUACCUUGCUGCCGCCUGGAAGGCUGAACCACAAGCCGUUAUCGACUACUGGCACGCAAAGGCUGCUGAGGCAAAGGCCGAGCACAUGCGCAAGUACCCCGACUACCAAUACAAGCCCCGAAAGUCCUCCGACAAGAAGCGCCGUAUGUCGAAGAAGAAGGAAGCUGCUCUUACCGCAACCCCCAAAGUCGCCCUGACCGCCGAAGCCGCUCCGACCACCCCAAUCACCCAAGGUGCCACCGUCAUCACCGUCGAGCCCACGUACACCAUCACUCCUAUGGACAACGUUGAUAUCAUUGCAGAGGCCAAGGCAUUCGGUCAAGCCAUGUUCAACGCCGGUUAUGACAUGACCCAUGGUGCUGGUGGCUUCGACGGUCAAUCCCUCUUCACCGAGGAUGGUGCCGCCGCCGAGGAUGAGGGUGCCGUUGCGGAGUAUGAUGAUGAACACAGCAAUGAGUUCUUGGACUGGAUCUUCUCUUAAGAGACACCAUCAAUCAUUCGACUCGUCCUUCUCUUGGCAAACACAUCGUUACUUCGUUGUUACAACACCUUCCAUCAAUUCUCCGGAUACCCUUUUGCGGUUGCGACCUCUUUUCUUAUCUGUUCUACUCUUUGCUUUUUCUGAAAAUACCAAAACCAC